UUUGCCCGUUUUCAGACCCUUCUUGUGAGACGUGGAGGGGGAGAAGCUAUAUCCUUAGGAGUGCCCGUGGAUUCUGGAGUCACUGCAUUGAGGAUCUACAUUGAGGGCGCUGUGGAGCAUGCGGUUUUAUACCCGCCAAAUGACGCGCCACAAAUUGAUCUGUAUAACGAGACAUCUGUGAGCGCCUUUUCACCAGCCUCCAAGAGCGAAGGUCAGGCACCAAGGGACGUCUACUUGGUGUUCCCAGGAGUUGAUCUAAAUAUGGACACACUGUCAGUGAUACCAGCACAUCCGUCCAGCCUUGAGCAAUAUUCCGGCAUGGUGGGCGUGUGGCACCUGAGCGUGCGCUGCAACACGUGCGACUACCGACUGUGCAUUGCUGCGCGGGCGCAAUUACACUUUGACAUCGAAACUGAUACCCCAGACAUGCUGAAGCUUCGGAUAUCAGGACCAGUGGCUAGCAUCAGGGACUCACUAUUAAUCGACGAGUAUGGAACUGAACUCGCCAAGUUGCCGUUUACUUACCAACCGAUGUCUACAGACAACAAUGGUGAAAACAUACACGUUCCCAUCACGGAAGUUGUCGCUGAAGUGGAUCUACCUACUGUGAAGGGAUCAAAAGUGUACGCUAAGAUUGUGGGAAGAGACUUGCAAGGAGAUCCGUUCGUUCGCCUCGCUGGACCCUUAAGCAAAUCACCUGAACGUACUGGAAGAUCUGCAUCUAUAGUGUUCCCUGAUUCUAGAAACGAUCUCGAAAUUGCUGAGGAAUUCAACUCUAGGAUAUACAAUCAGAGACUAAGAUACAAUGACAGUAAUAUUCUACCUUAUAGUAGAGCUAUGUCACAAGUGGUCAACCAAGGUGGUGCACUUUUAACAACUGUACAAAUCGGACUCAGCACCAGACUUUACGGUGCUCCCGGUGAUAAUUUACAGUUACAUUUCGAAGUCACAAACCAUCGUCCACAAUCGGUAUCGUUUCGUUUCGGUGCCGUUGGAGAACUGAGAUUUUUAACGGGCAUCAAUCCUUCAUCACAAACAAUACAGUCUGGUCAAACAGUCAACGUCAUUGUAAGUCUAACAAUUACAGCAUCGGCGCAACCCGGAGCACGAGAUCUCGUCACCUUUACGGCUUACGGGCAAGAAGAGGUGUCAAUAUCGGCGUACGUCUACGUGGUAAAUUCAGGCGAGGCAACGAUAGACACGUGGGCUCCUGAGUUGCGGCACAACUUCCAAGGCACCUGCUACCAACGCAUGGGAGAUGACUGCGCCCAGCAUGUUUGGUCAGCGAGUGUCAUCGCAAGGGACUCUAUUGGUGGAUUACUUCGGCUGUCAUCGUCCCCUCUCGGAUUAAUGUACGACAGUAACUUCAUAGCGGGUUCCCGUGAAGAAGUCAUUGCCACCUAUAGAUCGACUUGCUGCGCCCCAAGAGUCAUGGUGACUGCUGUCGAUUCGUUCGGCAACUCCAACAGCUACGUCAUCGAUAUAUCGAAUUAUUUCACACCAGCUGCAAUAGCAGCCAUCGUGCUCAGUGUAUUGUUGGCGAUAGCAAUAAUUGCAUUUAUUAUAUAUCUUAUCUACUGGUGUGUGAAGAGACAGCGGAAAUCAAGAGAACUACCCUCAUAUGCAACAUCACCAAGAAAUAUAAGUUAGAAAUUACCACAAAUCAUUCCAUAUUUAAAAAUCGAAGUGGAAAAUAAAUUACGAAUAUUAUGAAUAAAAAAUAACGUUUUCUAAAUUAAGUUAAUGGCUGGUCAACCAUACACUAUUCCAUUUUAAAAAUUCAAAAUUGAAUAUAGUCAAUAAACCACAUAACAUUUUUAAAUUCCAUAUUCAAAUUAGAAUAAAAAAUAACGGUUACUAAAGUUCAUGGUUGAAGAUCAUGAAUAAAUAAUCGUUUUUUAGAUUAACAACGGUUCCAUAUUUGAAAUGAAAUUCAAGACGAAGGUUUUAAGUUUAUGAAAUAGAUAAAUGAUUCCAUAAUUAAAUUUCUGACUUGGCAGCCAUUUAGAAUACGAAUUUAAUCCUUCCAAAUUUCUAGCAAUAUUAAUAAAGUAUAAGAUAAAUAUUAAUAAGUCUUUCGGAAUAUUUAUUUGAACAAAAAUAAUUGAGCUUUUGUGAUUAUAAGUUAUGUUUAAGUAUUCAUUCAUAAUUUAAGAGCCACUCUUGUCGGUGGAGCUUUUGCCACUUUCCACGAACUUCCAUCAUGCUCUUUAAACAUUUAUACAUCAAGACUACAAUUCUGUCUUUAAUUUGGUUGAUGUAGCUGUGUCUUUCUCUCUCCCUCUUUCCCUCAAUAAUAACUUCUAUAAAUUCAUCGCGUUGUAUCAAGUGUCCUAAAGUUUUCCCUCUUCCUUUUUCUAUAAUAUUCAUUAUCUGCCUUUUUUCUUUCACCCUGUGUUUGUUCAUUUCUUUAUCGUUCCAGCUAAUUCUUUCCAUCCUUCUCUGACACCACAUUUCAAAGCUUCCAAUUUAAGUAUUAAUAAAGUUAAAUAUUACUAUUAAGUUACCUUUAGAUUUAAGUGUAAGAGCUUAUAUUAAUGUGUUUUUAUUAAAAUUAAAAUAUAAUAGCUUAAAAAAUGUAACAUCUAAUGCAAGUGCAGUAAUUUUAGUUUUUACUUUAUAUUAUUUUGUUGCUCCAUAUUGAGAAGAAAUAGAAACAUAAUUUAUUAUAUUUAUUUUAUCAUCAAACCAUUCUGUAGAAUGGCAUUUUUACAUUAAGUAAAGUUUUAAAUAUCAAAUAAUGGAAAUUGUGAUUAGAAUAUCUUCUAAUUUCAUAUUAGACUUCUUUACUUUUUUAUAAUAUAAAACAAAGUUGCCAACUUUAAUGCAGCUUUCGGCAAUAGACAAAGUCAGUCAAGAGGAAGUUUUAUAUUAAUAAAUAAAUGUAUAAUACAGCAUAUUAU